AUGGAAGAAGAAGAACCAGUGGAGGUACCGGUGGAGAGGUGUUACUUGAACCGAAACAAACUCACACCAGAUAUCAUAGCAAUUAUGGAUAGCGAUAAACGCAAUCUGUCAAGAAGACUUAAACAAUACAACACACAAUUAAGAGCAUACUGCACGCCGGAUUUGGAGGCGCGUGAUGAAAUGUUCAGGAAUUGUCCACUGUGGCGAGAAGAGAAGAUGAUCCACUACUACAAAUUGAUGCGAUUGCUGUAUUGCUCAGAUUACAAUUUAUGGCCGAAUGCACCAAAAAUUAAGCGGUCUUUUGGUGCAAAUUUACAACUCUUCGAGAAACUCUACGCAUUUAUGCCGAAGCAAGAAUGA